AUGAAAGUUAUUCACGAAUUUGAAAUCAGAUACAAGCCUAAACAUGCUGUCUGGUGGUAUACACGUGAUACAUUUUUCUAUCGUCUGUUGAACCGAGGCCUACGUCAACGAAAUAUUGAACUGGUAUUUUUUAUUUGGCUUCUGUAUAAAAGACGUCUAUUAUCAAUUGAAAAACAGCAUGAAAAAUUUAAAUCAGAAUAUCGGGACAAUCCAAUCAUAAAAUUGUUUCGUGGACAAGUAAUGUCAUUGAGUGAAAUUGAAAACUUGAAACAUCCUAUUACUUCUGUCGUGAAGAUAAAUUGUUUACUGUCAACAUCACUCAAUCGCAGUGUAUUAUUCAAAUUUCUAAAAGAAUCCCAAAAACUGGAAGGACUUGAACAUGUGUUCUUUGAAAUUGAUGUUGACGUUCGUAAACAGUCAUGUCCAUUCAGUGAUAUAUCGCGUUUAAGUUAUUUUCGCGAAGAAGCUGAAAUAUUAUUUAUGAUUGGUGUGGCAUUUGAUAUGACUAGACGUGAUGUAAGGUACGAUGAAAAUGACAAAGUCUGGAUAAUUAAAUGUUCUUUAGAACCUAAUUAUGAUGAUCGAACUAUAGGUCAAACUCCGAGAAGAAUUUUAAAAAACUGUAUCAGCACCCUUACACAUUUUUUUUUCAACGAAUUCCUGGGGCUCGAUGAUAGUAACAAAAUAUUCAAUGAAUUAAUUGAUAUAUUUCCGUUGGAAAAAGAAUGGAUAUCAGCCUAUAAACUAUGUUCUCUGGCUGAACGUGAUUGGUUGGGUUGGGAGUCCACUGGAGCACUAUCAAAGUAUGAUGAAGCAAUAAAGAUUUGGCUUCAUUAUCUCAAAGGUGAUGAAUUAAAUUGUUCAAUUAAUAUUGGUAAAAUUUACGAAGAGGUGGGUAAUAUUUCAUCAAGUAUAGAUACUGAUCUUGCUCUGAAGCAUUUUGAUUUGGCACUUACUUAUCUACAAUCAGCACUUGAAAGUCGUGGUGUUGGCGGCACUACAAAACAGGCAAAAAAGCUUAUAUUAGAUAAAUUAGUUAGCAUAUACGAGCAGAAAAUGAGUAACAAUGAUAAUGAAAACUUAGAAUAUACUUCAAUGAUCAAUAAAUACAAGGAACAACGAAUUCAGAUAAUUGUGGACUCUGUUCUUGAUUUCGACGAUGUUAAUUCAUUGACUGAAUUAGCUGAUCUUUAUAAAUCACUAGACAAAUUCGAUGAUGCAUUAAUGAAUUAUGAAAAAGCAUAUGAAGCUGCAGUCAAAUCGCUUGCGCCUACAUCAUUCUUUUGUGAACGUAUGGUUGAAAUCUUAAUUGAACAUACGAAAGUUUAUCAAACAGCACUUAAAUAUCAAUCGAUAGAACAUGAGAAUAUAUUGAAGGUGUCUGCAUCAGAAAUAUGCGACGAUGAGGAUGAGGUUAAAUCGAAAAAUGGUCAAAGCGCUGAAAGUCAUGCUAAGGUGGCUGAGAUCUAUAUUCUACUAGAGCAAUAUGAUUUGGUAAAAGAACAUUUAAUGAACGUUAAACAAUUUUAUGAAGGAUCGGGAAAAGAUGGCAUAGCAGAACUCAUAUUGACCACGGAAAAGUUAGCUGAUGUUGAAGCAAAAUUAAACGAAAACGAUUCAGCAAACGAACAUUUGAAUAUGGUAUUGAAAUUACAUCAAGAUGCUUUACAAGUACUGGAAAACAACCUUGAUGAGUAUAGUGAGAUGCUAGUAGCCUCUGAGCAACGAUUAAUGGUCAAAAUAAACACUAGUUCCGACGCAAGUUCCAUGUUUUUUUAUCGCUCUUGGGUAAUUCCCGUAGUUCCCAUAAUUGCAUACUGUUAA